AGUUAGUUAGAGUUUAACAGUUAGAUAUGAAUUUUAGCUGACGUGGCGUAACUAAUGUAAAACUAUAUUGACCCCUUUCAAAUAAGUCACUGUAUCGUAAAAGAGCCAUUUUCUCUUAAUCGUUUCUUUAAAGAACUAUAAAAUACUUUCGUUCAAUUUCAUGCUCUUUUCUUUUCUUAGUAUGACGCGGCGUUUUCAUACCUGCCGUAAUAUGGUGCAAGAGUUCCAAACAUUCUUUUUUUGUUUAUUUCUUUGUUUGUUCUCAAUUUUGUUCGAUUGAUCAAGCUUUUACAAACAUUAGAAGAAAAAAGUAAGUUGAAUAGGUAUAGAGAGAUACAAGCUACGAUUAGCCACCUAUAAUUAGAGAAAGGGCUUAUAUUUAUAGGCCCAUUUACUGCUAAAAUGUGGUCAUAUUUUUAAUAGACAUAUUGUCUUUCUGUCCAAAUUUUUUGGCUGACACUGCACUUCAAUGUAAGGUUCCUAUGAUACAAGGUUACAUAAUGUAGUUACGGAGAGUGAACCCACAGAAAAAAAUCUACUGGACUUUGAAACAUACAUAUAUAUUUUUUUAAAGAAUCAAAGGUCAGGUGUGCGACCAGACAUUUUCUUCGUCGAACUGAGCCAAAUGAGCAUUCUAAAAGAAAUACGACUGAAAAGUUCUGGCCGCUUUUUAUGCAUCUCGCUUUUGAGAGGAAAAUAAUUUUCUUAUCCUUCCUGUUGAGCUGAUCAUUUUUCCGGCUUAAAAGAAACAAAACAAGAUAUAUCCAUCCUGUGAUAGUCUAUUCGCUCAUCCUGGUAAACUGUCCGGUGAUUGCAUUUACCCACACUACUGAUAAAAAGAAAACAAAUUUUCGCGUGAAUACAUGGUCUGGUACAUUAGGUGCUUUAACUAACUGAGGAAUUUUAAUAGCCGGGUCUGUAUCUUUUCCUUUCGCCGGAAACCCAAUAAAAAUAACUCCAUGAUUACCAGACACUACUGCAUUAAUUAGACGAAAUGCGAGCGUUGUAACGUCUAGCAUUACAGUCAUCGUGUCUCUGAAUUGACAGUGACCUUGACAUUUUCAAGGAUAUCAAGAAUUCUUUGAUGUGGAAAAGGCUGUUCCAUUCACUCUUCAGCAUUUUCUGCCUUUACUUUCAUCCGCGAAAAUGAAUUUUCAUUUUUACGAUUCCUCGUAGCUGGUACAGAAAUGAUACAAAAAAAAUUGUUUGUGCCUAGCAUUCGGUCACUCAGGUACACAAAAUCGUCCUUGAAUAUACCCAAUCAGUUGAGUUUCACGAGAAGGCUUUAAAUGAACGGGUUUUUCACGUGAAACAAAUCAAGUUUACAUGUACCUCCCGUGAGGAGCGCGUCACUGGAACUAGCCUCACGCGUGCAAGCUUUAAUGAUCGGCGAUCAUUUGAGUUUCACGAGACUCAAACUAGUAUGUGCUAUCCCACAACAAGUGGGUUUAUAUUCACGUGAAACAAAUUUGGGCAAGUUGCUUCUUGCUUCGCAGGACUUUUAUCAAGAACGAAAACAUAUCCUGUCGAUGUUUUUCUUCUUAUAGACUACUUUGACGACGGAUUACAGCUCUAAAGAUACGUGACCGUUGUUUCACUACCGAGUCCGCACUAGAACCUAUUUAGAGGAACGUCUUGCAAUUGUGCGAAGUGCUUCACUGAAAGUCAUUCGUUCUUCAUUCCAUAGUUCAUAAUUAAAGUGAUAUAUCAUGUCUCUGAACGGAUCGAACGUGAAAGAGGAGGAAGAUACGAAGUUCACAAAACUCUUCGUUGGAGGAAUUCCUUAUAAUACAGCGGACGGAACUUUAAGGGAGUACUUCGAACAGUUUGAUGACAUUGUGGAAGCUGUAAUCAUCCGUGAAAGAAACAGUCAGAGAUCCAAAGGAUACGGAUUUGUUACUAUGGCCACUAAAGAGGGAGCCAAAAGAGCAUGCGUUAACAAAAGGCCAAUGAUCGACGGUAGGCGAGCCAAUGUCGACCUGGCGUAUCUUGGUGCAAAACCCAAACCUACUAAAAUGCCUCAAACAGAUGAUGCUGCCAGCCCAGAAACUAACGGUGUUCCUGCCUCGCCUACAAACUCUGAAGCUGCUACAGACAGUGGAGCAGAAUGGGCUCCCGAAGAGUUCAGUCCUAAGUUCAAGAACCCUCAAGGUUACAAUGUUGGCUUUAAGUAUGACACAGGACAUCCAUCUCCUCCUAUACCGAUAAUGAUCCAUCCAGCAGAAUUCAAGCCACCAAACGUCAGCAGCAUGCAGACCUACAAUUCCAAUAUGCCAAUGAUGAACAACGUGGCGUAUUACGCAGGAAGUAUUCCACCCUACUCCUCACCAACCAAUGCAGGCUUUGACCCCAAGUUCAUUGAUCCCUCCACCGUUAGUUUAGUAACCUAUGUCCCUCAAGUGCCUGUGACAUCUGCUCAACAAAACUCCCAGAGUCUUAAUGUGCAAUGUCUGCCACAGUACAACCAUGUUCCACAACCACUAUCAACGACGAAGCUGAUCCCAAACCCCCGCUAUGUCUACCCCAUGCCAGUGUGGUAUGUGGAUCAGGGCAGGAUACCUGGUGGGCAGGUCAAUUUUGAACCUGUGAGUAACUACUCCCAGAUACCUUUCAACUCCAACUCUGUGGAUGGAAGCAACACUUUUUCCACUUGCAAAAUGUAUCCCAUCACAACUUAUUUCUGACACGUUUUACUUGAAUUAACAUACCUUAUGAAGGAAAUUUGCGUUUUCUACAAGUUAUCAUGUACUCAGUAUAUAGUCAGCCUAUGAACAGAUAAUCAUCGCAACAGGUUUUUUAAUUAUAAUAGUUAUUUUCAUAAAUUAUUUUCUGAUUGUCAAAUCUGACGCACCUAAAGUAAUUUUUACACCUGCUCCUAUAUGCAUGAAGCAAUAACUUUUUUCCUUAUCUGGGCAUACACUGAGAUAUGUUACGCCAAUAACUGUAGAAAGAAACUGCCUCAAUGUACAUCAGUGCGAUAUAGCCAUGUAAAUUACUAAAUAAAAUUAAAUCAAUCAAAACCAAGUAAACGCUGUUUUAAAGCAGCCUCAUUUAGGAUAAGUUAAUUAAGGUAUAAAUACGUCACUUGAACCAGCUCAAGCUAUCGAGAAAGUACCUUCGUGACGAUGUAUUGUAUCAGUACAUGUUAGAACUUUAAACGAUCAUUGACAAGAGUAAUUGUACCGAUAAGUUUAUACGCAGGCGUAUCAACUAAAUGAAAUUACGGAUGUUAUUAUAAACACUUUAGUUAUGCUGUAGAUAUCAUAGAAACAUUCACACUUUUGUAAUGUACCGAGGACUAGAUUUCAUUCACAGUAAUUGAAUAGGUAAAUUCAGAUUUAAUUGAAGUCGCCUGUUAGUUCGAUUGAAACAUCGGAAAUAACUCAGUCAAAUCCAUCCGUUUAUUUUAGAAUAAAAUUUUUACUGUAUUGUCUUUGCAACAA